AGUGAACACAAAUUAUUUAAUUUAUAACCUAAACAUGACCGAAAGGAUAGCGAAAGCUUUAAAAAUCCUCAACGAGGAAUCUACCGCACUAUAUCUUGGAGAUACCAUACAAGAAAUUGACUUUAUUGAUUCCCUUGAAUUUCAUCGAGAAUAUGUAGCAAAAAAUAUACCCGUAGUUAUAAGAGGUGGUUGUUCUAACUGGCCAGCAACAUUAAAUUGGAAUAUUGAGUAUUUUAGACAAAACUUUAGUAAUAAAAUAGUCACAGUGGCUAUGACACCAAAUGGCUUAGCUGAUGGUAUAACAAAAGAUAAAAAUGGUAUAGAAUACUUUGUCACUCCACAUGAAGUAGACAUGCCUAUGGGAGAAUUUCUGAAUAUGCUUGAUAAUAAAAGUAACAAUAUAAUACCAUACAUUCAACGUCAAAAUUCCAACUUGAGUGAAGAUUUUCCGGAGCUCAUUCAAGAUGUGGUGCAUGAUAUAGACUUUGCUAGUAAGGCAUUCAAUAAAAAACCUGAUGCUGUUAAUUUUUGGAUGGGGGAUGAAAGAGCUGUUACUUCUAUGCACAAAGAUCCAUAUGAGAACAUUUACUGUGUUAUUGAUGGAUACAAAGACUUCAUAUUAAUUCCACCCACGGAUUUACCAUAUGUUCCAUACAAACGAUAUCCACAGGCUGCGUUCAAAAGAAUUAAUGAUAUAUGGCAAAUACAACCACUUAGUUUGAAAGAUUCUAACCACAAUAGCAGUAUAGAUGAGUUAGGUAUAGAAAAAUCGGAGGCUCAAUCCCUCUUACCAUGGAUAUGUAUUGAUCCUUUAAAACCGGAUCUAUCUACAUACCCGAGGUUUGGUAAAGCCCAUUUAUAUAAAGUGCGUUUACACAAAGGCGAUUGUUUAUACCUUCCGAGUCUUUGGUAUCACCACGUGACUCAGAGCCAUGGCUGUAUUGCUGUCAACUACUGGUAUGAUAUGGAAUUUGAUAUUAAAUAUUGUUAUUAUAAAAUGUUGGAAGCAUUGUGUAGUUAA